AACACAUCUAACUAGCCCAUCUCCCAUCUCUCUCAAUUGUCACAAAAGAAAAAAACAAACAAAAACAUGGAUGGUGAGGAACCUCAAAUAGAUGGUGAAGUUAAUAACCAUGAGAACAAGUUGAAUGAAAAAAAGAAAUCAUGGGGAAAACUAUUUCGGCCUGAUUCUUUCAGCAUAGAAGCCGGACAAACUCCAACCAAUACCGGGCGUCCUUCAUUGAUGAGCUGGAGAACGACGAUGAGUUUGGCAUUUCAGAGCCUAGGAGUGGUGUAUGGAGAUAUCGGGACAUCGCCGUUGUAUGUGUACGCAAGUACUUUCACUAAAGGCAUCAAAGAUGAAGAUGAUGUCAUUGGCGUUCUCUCGCUCAUCAUCUACACUAUUACUCUUGUCGCACUCCUCAAAUAUGUCUUUAUUGUUCUUCAGGCUAACGACAACGGUGAAGGAGGAACAUUUGCAUUGUACUCAUUGAUAUGUCGGUAUGCAAAAAUGGGAUUAAUCCCAAACCAAGAACCGGAAGACAGAGAGCUCUCAAACUAUGCACUUGAACUUCCAACCACAGAGCUUAGAAGAGCCCAUAUGAUCAAAGAGAAGCUCGAGAACUCUAGAUUCGCUAAGAUCAUUCUCUUUCUCGUCACUAUUAUGGGCACUUCCAUGGUCAUUGGUGAUGGAAUCCUUACUCCUUCCAUCUCAGUACUUUCAGCAGUAAGUGGAAUCAAAUCUCUCGGCCAAGACACGGUGGUGGGUGUUUCGGUUGCAAUCUUGAUUAUACUAUUCGCAUUUCAGCGGUUUGGAACCGAUAAAGUCGGAUUUUCAUUCGCUCCGAUCAUCCUCUUAUGGUUCGCAGUUCUUACCGGAAUAGGCCUCUUCAAUCUGUUCAAGCAUGACAUUACCGUCUUAAAGGCACUUAAUCCACUCUAUAUCAUUUACUACUUUAGAAGAACUGGUAGAAAAGGUUGGAUCUCCCUAGGAGGUGUUUUCCUCUGCAUCACUGGUGAGAGUCCAUAAAUAUAUGUAUAUUAUAUAUAUUCCAUUAAAUUGCUCAUAAAAUAUGAAAUUUAAU